GGGAGCUGACCGUGGUGCUGAGCGCGCGGCCCGGGCUCGGGCGCGGUUCCUGGCCCAGCCGAGGCGGCGUCUUGCGACACUCCGGGCCCCAGCGCAGCAGGGGCCCUGCAGCAUGGAGCUGAAAAGAGGAAAGACCUUUAUCAAAUCCAGCCUGCAGAUUUCCCAUCAGAAACCCCCAGAGUCUGCAGCCACUGCACUGGCCAGGGAGGAUGCAGGAUCCUGGUCAGUCUCACGGGGAGGGCAGCAGUGGCCCCACAGUGAGAGGGGUCCCCAAGUCAGUCCCAGUGCCCAAGGAUACGACAGAUGCUCCGACAGGGGUGCCCAGCCAGAUGCCGACGGGGGGCCUAUAGCUCCCUGUGGGGCUGCCUUCAAACUGAUGCGGAACAGCAAGACUCACGACAGUAUCCCUGGGGCUCACAGGGCUGCCCCCACAGCUACAGGGCAGCUGGUGGGCAGCGCGAGCUUCCCUGGGCCCCCCAGCAGCCAGCGCAUGAUUGACUACCGCCACUUCGUGCCCCAGAUGCCUUUUGUACCAGCUGUGGCCAAGAGCAUCCCAAGGAAGAGGAUUUCCCUGAAACGCCCCAAGAAGUGCUUUCGGAACCUAUUCCACAUCCGCAGAAACAAGACAGAGAACUUGGCCUCACUGGAGGCCAAGGGGAAGGGCCUGUCCUCCCCUGAGGGCCCGUCAGAGGCUGGAGGGCAGCAAGGCAAAGCCUUCUUCCUCUUGGGCGAGGGGCCAGGGCUGGACAGCCUGGGUCAGGACCUGUCUGACAGCGAGCUCCUGCCUGACUCCCCCUUCGACCUCUGCAGGGCCCUGUGUGAGGAUGUGGCUUCCCUUAAGAGCUUCGACUCGCUCACGGGCUGUGGGGAGAUCUUUGCAGAUGAGAGCUCUGUGCCAUCCCUGGAGCUGAAUGAGGGCCUGGAAAGCCCAGCCCGGGCAUCGCAGGCCCCUGACAGCAAGGCUUCCAGGGGUCCCUUCCAGGGCAGCGUGGAGCAGCUGGCAUCACCUGCCCGGAACGAGCUGUCUGGCUUCGCCAAGUUCUGGGACCAUGUGAAUCACUCGGUGAGGCAGCAGCAGCGUGCCCUGCUAGGCCCCUGGCUGGGGGGCCCCCCAGGGUCAGACACAGACCAGCCCAGGCCCAGUGCCGCUGGGCUUGCUGAGCUCCCCUUGUACCCCCACAGCGGCUCCAAAGCCAGCUCCAUAGACACGGGAACCCCCAAGAGUGAGCGGCCAGAAUCCGUGUCCACGAGUGAUGAGGGCUACUAUGACUCCUUCUCACCAGGCCUCGAGGAAGACAAGAAGGAGGCCCCCAGCCCUGGCACACCUGCAGCCACCUUCCCCCGAGACAGCUACAGCGGAGACGCCCUCUACGAGCUCUUCUAUGACCCUUCUGAGGGCCCCGGGGGCCCGAGCCUGGAUGACGAUCUAUGCAUGUCUGAGAGCCUGUCAGGGCCCGCCCUAGGGGCCCCACUGUCCAUGUGCAGCUUCCAUGUGGGUGCAGAGGAGAACCUGGCCCCUGCGCCAGGCCCAGACCUGCUCAGCCAGGGCUUCUUGCAGAGCUCCUGGCGGGGCAAGGAGUGCCUGCUAAAGCUCUGUGACACCGAGCUGGCCAUCACCAUGGGCAUCGUCAACUGGCUGCGCCGGGGCCCAGAGCGCCGCGCCUCACCUGCCUCGGUCCCUGGGGAACCUAUAAGCCCCCCAGAAGGACUGGUGGAGAAACCGGGAGCUGGCUCUGGGAAGGUGGGCCUUGGUCCAGUGAAGAUGGAGGACAGGGAGCCCCAGGCCUUAGAGGCAGGUAGGACCUCUGCGAGCUCAGCACCCAGCAGGCAGGAGCUGUGGGCAUGUUCAGGUAUUAAGAGCCCGCAUGCCGGAGUGAGUGGGGUCCUAGCGGAGGCCAAGCAGAGGCCCAGCUCUCUAUCCAGGGACCCCUCUCAAGAGUGUGUGCAGGUCUCUGGGGAAGAAGGGACACAAGGCUGCCCUGAAGGCUCAUUCUCCUCUGUGGGGUCUGCGGCCUCCGAGGCAACAAACAUGUCCAGCAAAAACAAGGUCCCAAACCCCUCUGCCUGGCUGGGCUGUCAGGAGCCCAGGCUGCCUGGGAACCUGGGCUGUUUCCAAGGAGCAUGGAGGCCAGGUCUUGGGGAAAGCACCUUGGAUUCAGAACUCACCCUGUCAGACUGCGUGGCCCAGGUGGCAGCUCUGCAGAUCCACCCAGACUGCCAGCCCCCAAGGCAGAGCAUGAGCAGUGGGCUCUGUGGGCAGCCUCAGGCCAGGGGCCCGGACAUUCUGUAAUAGAAACAGCCUAACGGCUUCCCUAACAUGGCUGUCAUUGGUGGCCUGUCCUCCCUGGCCAGCUCAGAGGACCAGAGUUGCCCAGGCCACAUUCUGGACCUGAGCCAGCUCAGGGUGGAUGAUGCCCAGGCCUGUGGUUCUGUGGAGGACCGGCCCCUGCAGCUCAGCUCAAAGGUUAUAGAGAAGGCUGCACCCAGGGGCCAACUGGACUUGUAGUCCCCCUCGGCACUCCCUGCCUGGCUGAGCUCUGGGAUCACCUGCCAGGAAUUCUGGCCCUCGCUUCCAACAGUCAGCCGAAGGGGCCCCACCCCUGCAAGUGCCCCAGAAAGCCUCUGCACCGUCCUGGACCAUGAGGGCCUCCACUGCAACUGGCCAGAAAUGGGGGCUCCUGGGCUGGCAUGGCUGAGCCCUGCCUUUGAAACAGACUUGUGUCUUCGUGGUAACAUUCGGGAGAACCUAAGACUCAAAUCCCCACCCUUUGUCCCUGAAGUGAGGACUAUGAUUGGGGGAGGGGUGGCGGGAUUCAGGCAUGUGGGGUGGGGCAUUAUAAAGUGGGGGCAUCUAUGCCUAAACCCACCAGCUCAGACAGAACAGGGCCUGAGUACCCCAAGGCCAAGGACAGCUGCAAAGCUGCCAGCGCUCUCAAAAUGUGCCUCACCUAUUUCCCCCCCAAAAAAAUGGUCUCAACCCAGAUGUGAAGCAGCCACAUCUGGUCACUCAUCAUACAGAGGGAGGAACUUGGGCUUGAAACUGAUGGGAAGGAAACAGUAUAUAUUGUAAAGGGUACAUAUAGUGCAGAUAAGUCUGCCCAAGGGUUAAGAGUAAUAAAUGUGAGUGAGGGUGGGGUCCAGGCUCUGGUGGAGCCUGAAAGUGGAAGAGGGAGGGUGGGGGAGGGAUGCAGAUGAGUUCAGGAGUGCCAGCUCACCCCACCCCAGCCUGCACUCCAGCCCAGGGUGAGCAGCAACAACCUACAGGGCCCAAAGGGCUUUCCUGAGGGAAUCAGAAGCAGGACCAGUGGUCUCAGCAAGAGCCUUGAACCAGCAGUUGCCAUGCGUUCCUGUGCCAGACCCUGCAGACCCUGAUCGAUGAGUUGGUGAGUUCUCCAUCACAAAGCAUUCAUACAAUGAGUUCCCCCAACUUGUGCUCUCUAACCGAGCCGUAGGGUGGCAAGAGGCCUUUGGGGAUGAAGCUGGCUGAUUCCCCACACUGCCGUUCUCUGAGCUUCUGUUCCCCAACUUGUUGAAAGCCACAACAACACAACGGCAGACUCAGAAUCGUGGAGGGAAAGGUGGCAUGCACCUCAGUAAGAGCAGGUGUCUGUCCAACCAGCCUUGGGGCAGUGGGCCAGCAGUGGGCUGCCUGCCAGGGUUCCCUAUUCUUUCCAGGGUCACCUACAAUUAGAUCCUCCCUCUGCUGCCCUGCUGUGAUGAGGAGUCAGGUGGAGACAGGGGGUGGGCCCAGUGAUGAGUUUCAGGUGGAAGGAUGCAGUUGGACAAGGGGCCCACAUGCUGGAGGCUGGUCUGAGGCUUCAUUUCAGGCUAGACCAUGCUCCAAGACCCUCAUUAACAACUGCUCCCUGGAGCCUACUGUGCACAAGAUACAAGCUCCCUGGGAGGCUGAAAAGAUCCCAGCAAAAUUCCUGACCAGGCCCAUCAAGAUAAGACACGAGGAAGGUCAGAGGUGGCCUUCCUGGGAAGCCAACUUGACCCUUUUUCUCCACACUGCCACACGUGGUCACAACAGUGAUGCUGGGCUUUGGCCUGAGCGGGUGACGCAUGGACUAGUUCGUUGCAUCCCUGAAGCAACCAAAUGCAGCUGCUUUCCCGGUUUCUGACAUGGAAAUUGAGGCCAGGUUGCAGAGGUGGCCUGCACAACACACACUCAGCCUGUGUGUGAGGCUGAUGAUAUUGGAGCCCCCUGCCCCAAGCUCCUGGGGCCCAGCUUGCAGCAGGCUCCCACUGUGAACGCCUCUCUCAAAGCCUCCACUCUUCCCUUCUUUGAGGGUAUAGAUGUCUGGGGACCUCUGGAUGCCAGGUGCGCAUCUCCCUGUCACUUUGUACUACUCCCAAGCACAGCAAGUGCUCAGUAAAUACUGCUGCAAAAAUGAAAUAUCGAAAGGUUGUGCAUGUUUUUCUGAUUUCUUGUUGCCUGUGGGCAUUGUGUCCGGAGAGCAGCAGGGUUGGGUUUCAGGCAGAAGUUCUGAUGGAGAUGUCCUUGAUGUGACAUGGUGACUUGUGUAGAUGUGGAAGAACCAGCCAUGAAUGGAAAGGGCAGGAACUAAGGUGGUCCAGGUCAGGAGGGCCGGGUCAGAGAGGACCCAGGACUCAGAGGCCAUAGUGGGGCAGGUUGCAGGUGACACAGCAUCAGGGCAGCAGAAACAAGAACCUGGGGCCAUGUCCAUGUGGGAGAAACUGUUUCCCAGGUGGUUCUCAAUGUGGGGAGUUUCUUAGGCAAUCCUGGAGCCACUGAGAUUCUCACUCGGCAGUCUGGGCAGGGGUCCCAGCACUGGUGGGCUAGGUGCCUUUCUGGGAGUGUGAAGGAGGCCCUGUGAACAUCCUCUUGUAUCCAGUGAUUCAGAAUCCCCUCAGCCCAUCUCCCCUUCUGCACCCCACCCCUCAGCCCGCCCCCCGCCCCCCAGCAAGAGGGAUCCAGGCAAUGCCAGUCUGACUGGGCUCCACAGGCUUCAAGGACAUCCUUGGGGUCCUUGGAGGAAGGGAGGAAGAGGGGAACUUCAUGGACCUGCUCCUGGGACAGGUGCCUAACUCAGUGGUGGAUAUGAAAGAGGCCUGCUUGGGGCAUUUUCAACUCUUUCAUUCCCACGUGGCUGUAGAGGUUCAAGGAGGUUUUUGCCAUGUGAGGUAAAAUCCUGAGAAGCAGGUCCAGUUGUCUCCAGCUCACAGCUGAUCCAGAAGAGAAAACAAUGAAAAAUGAAUCUCCUCCAAUUCCUCCCUUACCCCCUGUUGUUUAGAUUCAAAAUUAAUAACCACUCACUUCAGCCAAUCCAAACAAUGCCAAGUGCACACUCCUCCUCCCUGUCCUUCUCCAGCACUAGAUGUGUCCUCUUCCCCUUUCUGUGCCCAUGAAAUAAACACACACAGACUUGAAUGUUUUCUUAUUGAACAUCACAGGCAACUUCCUUAGGCUUAGCAGGCACCAGCAUCGUGCAGGUUCUCCAUUUUCUUGAACAGCUAUGCAGCAGUCUUCUGUAGGUGGCAAGUAACUGAAGCACUCCCCUGUUGGUGGAUAUUCAAGUUGCUCCCUUUGUUUCCCUUUUCAAACCAUGCUUCAGGUGCAGCACUAAAAAGGACAAAAAAGACAAAACAAAAACAAAAACAAAAUGCUGUUCUCACUCCUUUUCUCCUAUAUGUUCUCUAUGAAAGUCCUCUUCAAAACUAUAAACAAUGAAGAGUUCCCUUGUGAUGCAGCGGGUUAAGGAUCCAGCAUUGUCACUGCAGUGGCUCAGGUUGCUGGUGUGGGGUGAAUUCAGUCCCUGGCCAGAAAACUUCUACAUGCCACAGAUACAGCCUGAAAAAAGAAAAAAACAAACUAUAGAAGUAAAACUUAGCUUAAGAAGGAAACAACACAUUUUUUAAAUGAACAGUGCAUCUUGCUUCCAUGUCCUCACCCGAUCAUCUUAAGGCCCUGAUAUUAGUGGCCUGAUCUUCAUGCUUAUACAAACAUACAGCUCCAACUUUGGGAGUGGAGAAAGGGUUCUUUUGUUAUUAAGUAUAAGGCCUUGGAAGUGGUCAUUCCCAUCCUUACAAUAGAAAAAUGAGGAUAAGCUGAAAAUCAAUGACUUUUCUUGACCUAUCAGAGAAUUGAGGUCACAGAACUAUACACCAAUAUUUUUUUGAAUAUAUAGAUACAAAAGUUCUCAAUAAAAUGCUAGCAAACUGAAUUCAGCAGAAUAGUAAAAGGAUUCCACACCAAGACCAAGUGAGUUUUAUUCCUGAAGUGCAAAGAUGAUUCAAUACACACACACAAAAAAACUAUGUAAUAUAUGCCAUUAAUAAGAUAAGGAAAACAAACAAACAAACAUGAUCAUCUCAACUAAUGCAGAAAAAGCACCUGAAAAAAUCCAACACCCUUUCAUGAUUUAAAAAAAAAAAAAAAGGCUCUGCCUCAGCUGGCACUUCAUCCACCACCCCUGCGUGCACGUGCCACAUCUUUACAUCUGCGCUGGCUGUGGCUGGGACUUCAAGCUCCCACCUGGCACUACCACCACCACUGCCACCAAGCACUGUUCAGACUGUGAGGGCCCGUGAGGUGCCAUUCUUGUCGCCAUGGGGUAUGACCAUCAGGCCAGGGAGGGGCACACUGGGAUGCAGACCAGGGGCUGCAUUAACCUGGACAACUCCUCUCCACUCUGUACCUGGUGUCUGGGAUAGGGUGGAAGGGCAGGCCUGGCUGCCCUGGAACUGAGAGGCAGGGAAUAUCCCCUACCAGGGUCCCUGGAAACGUGCUCACCUCCCCCUCCAUCCUUGUAGUGAAUAAAGUAUUACAUUCUAAAAACAAACAAACAAAAAACAAACAACAAAACAAAACAAAACGUAAAAAACACAAUUGGAGUUCCCUGGUGAUCUAGUGGUUAAAGGACCUGGCUUUAUCACUACUGUGGCUCAUAUCAGUGGUGUGGCAUGGGUUCAGUCCCUGGCCCUGGAAUUUCCACAUGCUGAGAUGCAGGAAAACAAAAAACAAACAAACAAACAAACAAAAAAACACCUCAGUAAACUAGGAAUAGAAGUAAAUCUCCUGAACACAAUAAAAGAUUUAUUAAAACUCACGGCUAAUAGUACCCUCAAUGGUAAAAGACUGAAACUUUCCCCCAAAAUCAGAAAUAGGACAAAGAAGCCCACUUUGGCCCAUCUAUUUAACACAGUAUUUAGAAUUUUUUAGCCAGAGAAAUUAAGCAAGAAAAAGAAAGUAUAUACAAGUUGGAAAAGUAGAACUAUUUCUGCUCACUGAAAACAUGAUUUUUAUUUAUUAAAAAAAAUUUAAAUAAAAAAUUCUAAAGA